AUGAGGUUAGUGCGGGUGAUGGGGGUGAGGAGGUUAGUGCGGGUGAUGGGGGUGAGGAGGUUAGUGCGGGUGAUGGGGGUGAGGAGGUUAGUGCGGGUGAUGGGGGGUGAGGAGGUUAGUGCGGGUGAUGGGGGUGAGGAGGUUAGUGCGGGUGAUGGGGGUGAGGAGGUUAGUGCGGGUGAUGGGGGUGAGGAGGUUAGUGCGGGUGAUGGGGGUGAGGAGGUUAGUGCGGGUGAUGGGGGUGAGGAGGUUAGUGCGGGUGAUGGGGGUGAGGAGGUAGUGCGGGUGAUGGGGGUGAGGAGGUGA